GUGGGCAUCAUUGGAUCCAGUUGGCUGCAGUCGACGAAGUCCGAAACACCAUGUUUGCCUCCGCGGAAGAGUUUAAGCGGUGGGGGCACGACCUCUACGUGUUUACGCGUAAACUGGUGUAUCACAAGUGUGAUCUCCUUGAGGACUUGGAGGCGUGGGCCGCGGAAUGCUUUUCCACACCUGGAAUUUCCUCCAACGCAUCAGGCUCCUACACCAUGGUGGGCAACAGCACUCCCGUUGACAGUGGGGACGACGCGCUUUUCCGAAUUUUGAGCGAGUGCAUCCAGGGCCGCGAAGACAGCAAC